AUGACAUUGCACAGUGUCGCAGUCCCUGAUUUCAUCAACCAUGAACUCUCAACCACUCUAGACUCAACCAACGCUUUCGAAGGUCCCGAAAAACUUCUGGAGAUCUGGUUUGCUGGCUCUGCUGAGGAGAUGGAAGAUGACGGACUUAGACAGAUCCCGUUGGAAGACAUUGAAUCGCUUCUGGAACUGGUCAACUGUGAAAUCCUUUCUAAGAUUAGCUCCUCCAGUUUUGAUUCGUAUUUGUUGAGUGAAUCUUCGCUGUUCGUCUACCCCCACAAGUUGAUCCUCAAGACAUGUGGAACUACUACCACGUUGAACUGUUUUGACAAGUUGUUUGACCUCAUGAAAACCCAUCUCCAGUGGGAUCUCUCGAGUAGAUCUCCUUAUCGUAUCUUCUAUUCCCGAAGAUCUUUCAUGUUCCCCAGUCAGCAGAAACAUGUUCAUCAAAGUUGGCAGAGCGAAGUUGAGUGGCUGAAUAAGUACUUUGGAAAAUCGUCCUCCAAAGUUUACAUUGUCGGAGAUCUUUCCAAUGACCAUUGGUACCUCUAUCUGAAUGGAACUGAUGGAAGCCACAUGCCCUCUCCUCCUUCGUCCCCCAACGAUUUCAAGGGCAAAGAUGAAACUUUUGAACUGUUAAUGACAGAGCUUGACCCCGUGAAAUGUGAAAGGUUCAUGACCGACAUAAGAGUUGACCAGUUCUCAGAUGUCAAUCUUGACAUCGACGAUUAUGGCCAUGUCAUUGGAAUGAAAACUUUGAAAGAGACGGGCAUCGAUUCCUUUUUCUCCAAGGAAAGAUCAAAGCAUGACGCAUUUGCCUUUAAACCGUGUGGUUUCUCCUCCAACUCCAUUGUUGAUAAGGACUACUAUUACACCAUCCAUAUCACCCCGGAGGAGGCAUUUUCCUAUGCCUCGUUUGAGACUAACUAUCCCAAACUGGCAGAUAAGACACAGCUAAUCAACCAGAUUUUGUCAUUCUUGAACCCAGGCAAAUUUGUCAUGGUAUUUGUCCAAGAGGUCGAUGAAGACGAAGUACUUUCAAAUGAUUUCAUGAACUUGAAGAGGUUCAAUCUGGAAGGCUACACCAAGGUGGACAAUAUCAUUUACGAUUUGAAGUUCAAUUAUAAGUUGAUCUACUCCCAAUUCGAAAAGAUUAAGCAAUGA